CACAGCAGCCAUGCCCAGGCACGGCGUACAGCACCACAUCCCGACCCAGGGACCACCCCUCCAUGCCUGUGCUCGGCGGCUUCCCCCGGACAAGCUCCGACUGGCGAAGGAGGAGUUCCAGAGGAUGGAGGAAUUGGGGAUCAUCCGGCGGUCCGACAGCCCAUGGGCUUCCCCCCUGCACAUGGUGCCCAAAGCGACGGGAGGCUGGAGACUGUGCGGCGACUACCGCCGGCUGAACGAGGCUACCACACCGGACCGCUACCCUGUGCCGCACAUUCAGGACUUUGCGGCAAACCUGCACGGCGCACGGAUCUUCUCCAAGGUAGAUCUCGCGAUGGUCAGAGUUCCGGGGGAGGCGGGGCCGUGGAGGCUCCACACCCUCUCCGAUGAUGAGGAUGACGAGACACUGGAAGAAGUAGAUGAGGAAGAGGAGGAUGAUGAAGAUGCUGAGGGUGAAGGUGAAGGGAAUGGUGAUGAGGAAGAAGGUGCUGAGGAGGAAGGAGAUGAAACAGAAGGCAAUGUGGUGAAGCGUCCUGCAGAAGAGCAGGAUGAAGUUGAAAGCAAGAGGCAAAAGUCAGAAAAUGGAGAGUCAACAAAACCCAAGACAGAAGCUUAA